AUGGCCUUUAACAAGAAGUAUGCCGGUCUUCCUGACCUUACUGCUACCGUUCGAUCAUCCUCACCUUUCCAGGAAGAGACAUCUACCCCAGGAAUUGACCGGCAACGCUUGCAACCCGACCAUGCCCGCUCACAAUUCGAGCCCGUGAAGGUGGAUGCAAGAGAUGUAGAUUUCUCAGAUAGUGUUGCAUCUAAGAGGAAAUCAUAUCGGACUAUUAAACGCUCAAGGCGGACACGAGAUGAUGGAACAGAAAUCUUGGCAGAUAUUAGCGACGAUGAAGAGGAAUCAUUGGAGCGGAAACUGGCAAGAUUACGCAGAGAAGCAGAGGAAUUGAAGGAUGAGCUUUCCAACCGGAAGACACAACGGAGUGAACAAACGGACGAAUCGGAGAUUCAAGUUACAGAAGACGGCAUUCUGGAACUGACCCGGUCUCUGGAUAAACUAUACGCAUCCUCCAAGGGGGAACAGCAAACGUCAUUCUCCUCAGAGGCGGCAUUGAUGAGGAGACUGUCUACCACAAUCCAGUUUCCCGGACCUGAAAGUCAACUAAAAGAGGCCGAAUCGUCCGUCUCUCAACCGGCCAGAAUACCCUCCACACUUUUGUCAAACGCCGCAUCUUUCGACGCUAGACUCCGACUACUCGAGGCCGCCCUCGGACUAUCCCAAACUCCCGUCCCCUUAUCCCCCGACGAUUCAUCUGAAUCUGACCUUCAGCCAAUUCUGCCGACCCUAACCCAUCUCUCCUCCCAGCUCUCCACCCUCACGAGCACUUUAACCGGAUCUCCGUCCAGCGGCCCUGCAGCCAUCCCCACCACCCUCACAACGCCUCACCUCGAAGCCCUAACCACUCGAAUCCGCAAACUCACCGCCGAUGCCGAAGCGCUCACUGCAGCCCGUCGACGCGCUACAGAGGCCGCCCGCGCCGUCCUAGCGGCACGCAUCGCGGCAGCAACGACCGACGAACCGCCCGAAGUGCCCGCUGCAGCUGCACAGGCCACCCCGACCGAAACAGAGGCUGCGGCCAGUGAGCAGGCAGCGAAGAUACAAGCUCUUUAUACCACUUUGCCGACAAUAACAUCGCUGCAUCCACUACUACCCAGUGUGCUAGAGAGAUUGCGCUCGUUGCGGGCGAUUCAUGCUGGUGCGGCACAGGCCAGUGAGGAUUUGGACACCCUGGAGCAGAGGCAGGUGGAAAUGAGGAAGGAGAUUGAGCAGUGGAGAGAAGGUUUAAAGGCUAUGGAAGAGAGGGUGAAAGAAAGCGAAGCGGCGAUGAAAAGCAAUGUGGAAGUUAUGAGCCCGUGGAUUAGAGACCUGGAGAGGAGGUUGGCCGUUAUGGGAAAAUAGUCCUAGUCAGACCUCUUACUUUCUCCAUUACCAGAUCGGAGGACAUAUAGCUUCAAUUUUUUUGACUUGUUAAAUAGCUACCUUUGCGCAUGUUAAUACCCCUUUCUGCAGUUUAAUACAUCCAAAUGAUGAUAUGCA